AUGAGGCUAAUCGCGUCAUGGGUUGACGGUGUUGAGAAAAGUCCGCUCUUCCUAGAGGGUGCAGAAGGGAGGGCUGAACUUUCCAAAAUGAACUCCGCAGUCAUGGCGUCCGUUCGCCUGUGCAGUGGCCGCGCCACGGUGAUCUCAGCCAAUCAAAGGUCUCUCGGCUCCUUUCUGAUUGGUCGUGGUCGACGUGCACACGAAGAGACGCCGUCGAAUUGCGUGCAACCGAGACAGAACCAGACACUCGGGGCGGGCAGGUCGCCUCGGGUAUCCAGGCCCAUCACUCACUUGGACGCAUGCCAAUCCAAUUACGACGUGCUGGAAGCCGAUGAUCUGUUCCUCGACUUCUUUGAAGGCUUCUCCAAGUCCAUGCUGUGGAUCGCAGAUGGUCAAAGUCGGCGACUGCGGUAA